UUCCCCCCCACGAGAAUCAACUCGUCCACGAACAUCUGAAUCUGUAGCGACCAUCCACGAUGUCCAAAGGUUCGGGCGCAGAUAUUCGCGAACAUAGCGAAAACUCGCCAGACGAUCACGUCGACAUGGGCGGCUGCUGCGCCUCCACCGAGGUUGUCUCCCUCACCCAGAAGGUGAUCGCCGAGGUGAUCGGGACGUACUUCGUGAUAUUCGCCGGGUGCGGGUCGGUGGCGGUGAACAAGAUAUACGGGUCGGUCACGUUCCCAGGGAUCUGCGUGGUUUGGGGGCUGAUCGUGAUGGUCAUGGUUUACUCGGUGGGCCAUAUCUCGGGUGCCCAUUUCAACCCGGCGGUCACCGUCACCUUCGCCAUCUUCAGACAUUUCCCUUACAAGCAGGUUCCUAUGUACAUCGUAGCGCAACUGCUGGGAUCGAUUCUCGCGAGCGGCACGCUGUGCCUGCUCCUGGACGUGGACUCCAAAUCGUUCUUCGGCACCGUGCCGACGGGUCCCAACGUCCGGUCGCUGGUGAUCGAGAUCAUCAUAUCCUUCCUGCUGAUGUUCGUCAUAUCCGGAGUCGCGACGGACAACAGAUCGGUCGGCGAGCUGGCAGGAAUCGCAGUCGGGAUGACGAUCAUGCUGAACGUAUUCGUCGCCGGGCCGGUUUCCGGGGCAUCCAUGAACCCGGCGAGGAGCAUUGGGCCGGCCGUCACGAUGCACAUCUACAAGGGGCUUUGGCUAUACAUAGUUGGGCCGUUCGUCGGCACCAUCUUGGGCGGCUUUGCAUAUAAUCUGAUUAGGGCAACGGAUAAGCCUCUGGCGGAGUUGACCAACAGCGUGUCUUUUCUCAAGCGCCCUUCAGAAGAAGUGUAA